AUGGACGCCAUCAAGGAUGCCGUUUCUUCCACGCUCGAGAAGCUGAACCUCACUGGUGGUCAGGGCGUUCCCGCAAAGGAGCCUACCGAGGAGCAGCUCAAUGAACUCAAGUCCAAGUACGCCAAAGCAGGACAAGAGCAGGUCUUCGCCUUCUACGACAAGCUCUCGUCUGCUGAGAAGGCGGGGCUGUACGAGCAGCUUGAGAACUUCAACCCUGACUACAUCAAUGAGAUCACAGACAGGGCCCUUAAUCCUCCGCAGACCGAGUCCACCGAAUCUAAGAUCGAGCCUCUCCCCGAGAAUGCCACUUCGUCGGUCCUCGAUUCGAGCGCGGAAGACCUGCAGAAGUGGUACGACAGCGGCCUUGAGCUGAUUGCGGAGAACAAGGUGGCAGUGGUUUUGAUGGCCGGUGGACAAGGCACACGAUUGGGCAGCUCUGACCCCAAGGGCUGUUUCAACAUCGGGCUUCCCAGUAGCAAGUCGCUGUUCCAGCUUCAGGGUGAACGGAUAGCCAAGGCGGAGAAGCUGGCAAAGAAGAAGCACGGUAAGGAAGGUGUGACAAUCCCUUGGUAUGUCAUGACCAGCGGACCCACGCGGGCCCCUACACAGAAGUUCUUUGAGGAGAAGAACUACUUUGGCUUGAAGAAGGAGAAUGUGAUCAUCUUUGAGCAGGGUGUGCUUCCUUGCAUCUCGAACGAAGGCAAGAUCCUCCUCGAGAGCAAGUCAAAGGUUGCUGUUGCGCCAGAUGGCAACGGUGGUCUUUACCAAGCGCUCAUCAACGCUGGCGUCGUCUCGGACAUGGGCCAGCGCGGCAUCAAGCACAUCCACGCGUACUGCGUCGACAAUUGCCUAGUCAAGGUCGCCGAUCCCGCCUUCAUUGGAUUCUCUGCCGCUAAGAAUGUCGACAUCGCCACAAAGGUCGUCCGUAAGCGUGACGCCAAGGAGUCUGUCGGGCUCAUCCUCCAGAAGAACGGCCGCCCAGACGUCGUCGAAUACUCUGAGAUCUCUACCGAAGAUGCGGAGGCCAAAGAAUCUUCUGGUCUUCUCAAGUUCCGCGCCGCAAACAUCGUCAACCACUACUACUCGUACGAGUUCCUCGAGAGCAUCCCCGAGUGGGCAAAGAAGCUGCCUCACCACGUCGCCCGCAAGAAGAUCCCGUACGUCAACACCGAGACGGGCGAGACAGUCAAGCCGGAGAAGCCCAACGGCAUCAAGCUUGAGCAAUUCGUCUUUGACUGCUUCCCGUUCUUGCCGCUCGAUAAGUUUGCCUGCAUGGAGGUCAAGCGUGAGGAUGAGUUCUCGCCCCUAAAGAAUGCAUCCGGUGAGGACAGCCCGCAGAGCAGCAAGAAGGACAUUAUGGCGCAGGGCAAGAAGUGGGUGGAGGUUGCGGGUGCUACCGUGGUCAGCGAAAACCCUGAGGAAGGCGUCGAGGUGUCGCCUCUGAUCUCAUACGGCGGCGAAGGUCUCGAUUUCGUCAAGAACACCACGAUUACCGCACCUGCUGUCAUCGAGAAUGAGCCUUAG